GUGCCAUUGGUCUUGAGUUUCCUGUUUCGUUAGCUGUGAUCUUUAAGUGCUCUUUUACAUGGACCGUGUAUUUAAGCACGAACAGCACCAUUUCAGAACACUUAAAUAGCAAGGAAGACCUGGUGAGAAUCUGCUCCUUAAUAUUUUUCUACAGUUAAAGCCAAAAGAGAUUACCACCACUUGGACGGCACGCUUUUGUUAUGGAAGGCAGAGUUGGAAUUCUAAUAUAAUUUUGAGUGUCCUCACCGUUAAAAUCAUGCCUCCACCUGGGAAAAUGAGAAAGCCCGUUAUUAAAAUGGUCGUCUUAGGAGACAUGAAUGUAGGGAAAACGUCCCUGCUGCACAGGUAUAUAGAAAGAAACUUCAAGGACACUUUAAGCACGAUUGGUGGAGCAUUUUUCUUGAAGCAGUGGGGUCCAUACAACAUCUCCAUCUGGGAUACAGCGGGUCGUGAACAGUUCCAUGGUCUGGGCUCCAUGUAUUGUCGUGGCGCUGCAGCCAUCAUUCUUACGUAUGAUGUCACAAACUGGCAGAGCUUUGUAGAGCUUGAAGAUCGCUUCCUCUCUCUCACCGACUCUGCCAAUAAUGAUAGCAUAUUUGCCAUCGUGGGCAACAAAGCAGACCUCACUGACCCUCAAGCCCAAGUUAUGACCCCAGAGGAAGUCAGGGCUGAAGAGGGAAGUGUACUUCCCCCUCCAUCCUGCCUCACACCCCCAGACUUUCCUUUGCACAAACAGGUGAAUCAGGAUGAUGCCAUAGCUCUUUACAACCGCAUAAUUCACUAUAAGGCACUAGAGGGCAUCAGUCCACCAGCAGAGAAGAUGUGCUUCGAGACAAGUGCUAAGACUGGGUUUAAUGUAGAUUUUAUGUUUGAGACACUCUUUGAUCUGGUGUUGCCAUCCAUCAUUCAAAAACGCUCCGAAAAUGAGUCGCCCACAUUGUGUUUGGAGGACUGUAAUGAAGAAGUGAGGAAGAGCAAAGGGGACUGUUGCACAUGAGAAUAAUUGCUGAAGAGUGUUUGGAGUCAUACAUGAACAUCCAUUGGUUUGUGGAGACUGUUACUUGAUCUGCUACAGAACUGCUUACUCUUCAGUAAAUCUGGUACGUUGUCAACAGUGGCUCGUUGGUCACUGUGUGUGUGUGAAGAGAGUGAGAGAGAGAGAGAGAGAGUGUCAACCCUUUCCCUCAGCUGAUCCAGAGCUUCAAUUCAAUUCAUAUUUAUUUGUAUAGCGCUUUUCACGAUACAUAUCGCUUCAAAACAGCUUUACAGAGAACGCAUGUCAACAUUACAAUUUAGAGAAUCUGGUAUCUGAGGUGACUGUCCAAUGUAUGUGGUUUCAGAAAUGUACAUAUAAUCAUGCAGUUAGCUAACAAAGUAAUAAUUUAGACAAUUUAAUUUACAAUCACUGUUAGCAGUUUAAUUGAAGGUAGACGCAAUGAGCUCCUGGAAAUAAUGAAUUACAUAUUAACAAUAAUUAGGAUAUAUAGAAAUUUGGGAAUGUGCAUGUUGAUCCAGAUGUUGCAUCAUCUGAAGUCCUCACAGGUGCCGUCUCUUCAAAGGUGUUGUGGCCAUCUGAGGUCUUAUUAAGAGGCUGGAUUUAAACUGAAGCUGAUGUACUCUCUACCUGUCCCGAGGUAAAACAGAAAAGCAAAUGGAGAAUAAUUGGCGUAGCUGCUGUUCAUAACAUACAUUAAGCAAAGAUAGUCAUGAUCAAGUGAUCCGAUAUGAGAUGCAUUAUGUGAAUACUUGACUAAAGAAAUGUGUCAAGUAUGUAUUGAUUAAGUGAGGAAGGCUAUUCCAGAGAUUAGGAGCCAAAUGUGAAAAUGCUCUCCCUCCUUUAGUGGACUUAUAUAUCCUAUGUACAACCAGAAGUCCAGAGUUUUGUGAUCCUAAAGAUCGUAUAGGAUUGUAAUGCAAUAGAAGGUCAGUUAAGUACACAGGAGCUAAACCAUUUAGAGCCUUAUAGGUCAGUAACAAUACUUUAUAAUCGAUACAGAACUUAAUAGGUAACCAGUGUAGAGAUGAUAAAAUUGGUGAUAUAUGAUCAUAU